CACCUCGCUUUUGCAGAGACUGAUUUCAGACUUCCUCUUGUGAGACUCACUUGUUUGGCAAGCACCAUGUGUCUGGGCUGCAGCCAACCGGGCCUAACGGCAAACGCCAAGCGGGGCUUCCCAGCCAAGCAGCCCGGGAUGAUCCGGCAGAGGAGCACCGAGCCGGAGAUCUUCACCUUUGACAUCCCACCAGAGGUCAGACACACCGCAGACGUCAGCCCCCGGCUCCGGGCCAGGCGCCGACCUGUCAAGAUCCUCUACCCAGCCCAGGUCAGGAAGUACCUGCCCCCCGAGAAGAAGGACUGGGCUAAGAGGACGCUCCUGCUCCUGCUGUGUGUGGUCACCGUCCAAGUGUACAUGGCCGUGGAGGCCCAAGAGGGAAAGGUCGACGCGAUCGCCGUGGCGACAGGAGGCCCAGGCCACUUGCCCCUGUCAGACGCCAGCGGGGAGCAGGCAUUGGUGUCCCAGCCCUCAUCCGUGGAUCUCUUCCCGCCCACCAAUGGCAGUGCCCCACAGCUGCCCCCGAAGAUGCCCGAUGGUGUCGGUCCCGCAGUGACCAUCAUGUGCCACAGAAUGGGCUCCAGCUCCCUUGCCUGUAGAAUGUGAACCCCCCUUUUUCCUCAGGGAAGGACACUUUCCACAUUACGUUGCCUCACUGUAAUGUGAGUGAGGUUUGAACACUCCAAUUGGUGCGUGCAGUGAUAAGAAGGAGCCAGAGCUGUCAGGGUUGUGGAGCAGUCAAGGGACGCAAUUUCUUCUCAAGUGGUCAGGUCGUAUGGCCCACAAAGGCCCAGACAAUGUCCACUCAGACUUAUAUACAUUGAGCUAAGUGUGUGAGUGUGUGUAAGGUUAGUUAUUCACUUGUAAAUGUUCCCAAAUUGGGGAAGAAAAGAGAUUCAUUUUUCUCCAAUAAGUCUUGGGCUUUUUUAAGAUCAGAAGGCAACUUCUGAUAAAUAUAAGGGACAGUGACAAUACAGUUAACUAUUUAUCGCCUUACAGCAGUGACCAAUUUACACCUUUAUUCCUAUACUGUGCCUAAUAACUUAAACUUGUUAUAAUUGUAUAUUUAUAUCACGUGAAAGCUUGCUGUGCAAGCGAAAUGACUAAUGACCUCAGUAUGUUCUGUGUGAGAAUCAAAUGUUUGAAAGAAAGGAGCAGUUAGUGGACCCGUAUGUAAUUAUAUUGAAUGGCAAUGUAAUUAUGUUGACAACCAACACGUAAA